CGCAUGCGCGGGGUCAGGGUUGACAGUCCGCUCGCAAUCGUGGAAAGCGGUGCGCUGGCUAAGCUAACCGUUGCAAAGCUACAUGUGGAGGGUAAAACGGGAAGGCACCCCCGACCCCAACUCUUGUCAAAUAUCCCCGUAUCGACCCUCUCAGACGCCAAAAGUCAAGACUCGGUGAAAACUAUACCCGUUUACAAUGAAAGGCCGGAUCGAGCUGGGGGAUGUGACGCCCCACAACAUCAAGCAGCUGAAGCGCCUCAACCAGGUCAUCUUCCCAGUCAGCUACAACGACAAGUUCUACAAGGACGUGUUGGAGGUGGGCGAGCUCGCUAAGCUUGCAUACUUUAAUGACAUCGCAGUUGGGGCUGUGUGCUGCCGAGUGGACCACUCUCAGAACCAAAAGCGAUUGUACAUCAUGACACUGGGCUGUCUUGCCCCGUACCGGAGACUUGGCAUUGGUACAAAGAUGCUAAACCACGUGCUCAACAUCUGCGAGAAGGAUGGCACUUUAGACAACAUUUACCUUCACGUCCAGAUAAGCAACGAGUCAGCCAUCGACUUCUACCAGAAGUUUGGCUUCGAAAUCAUCGAAACGAAGAAGAACUACUACAAGAGGAUAGAACCGGCAGAUGCGCACGUCCUACAGAAAAGCUUGCGCAGUCCGAGCGCGCCGCCCAGCAGAGAGCUUCAGAAAACGGAAUAGUGCUGAAACGGGCGGGGCGUCACCCGCUUUUUGGAAAAACCAGCACAUCUGACCUGCGGAAAAAAGAACUGUGACAAACGCCCCCACCCCACAAGGAUGCUUUCAAAGACAAAAUUGUGGAAGGAAAAGAAAACUCAAAAAUUACCUGGCAAAUGACUCCCUUUGGAUUAUCGCCCCCCCCCCCGACAUUACUCAUACAGUUAAUUGACAAAGUGUCCAAAAAGUAUUCUUCAGAUUGACAACCCAAGUGUGGUGUUUGCAAUGCGUACUUUGUGUUUGACUUGGUUUUGAUGCAACUCUAAAAGCUUAAUUGGAGUGGGGGGAGGGGGGGGGGCUGGGCUGUUAUCCAAAGUUUCUGGUUUUGGAACAGUUUACAAGAGCGACCAUCUUUCCGACGCAAAACAGUUAACAUGGUUAAUGCCGCGCUCGGAUUGACUUCAUUUAAAAGUAACCAUUUGGUUGUUUUAUUUUUUUUUCUUGGUUUUAUUUUCAUUUUACAUCGCAGAGGUUAAGCGUUUCAGAGGUUCUCCUGGGUUUGGAAAAUGGUGUUCUUCUCCAAAAGGGAAACGUGAGAGCUUAUGGGAAGUAGUGCGUCUCGGUGACACGGCAGAGCUCGUCCUCCCAACAACUCUCUGCCGAGUAUCGACUGCCGGAGUUGUCCGCUUGUUUUGUUUCGAAGCGCUUGUGUGUGCGUGUGUUAUACCCAGAGGAAGCUCUGACUUCGAAUGCAUGCAAGGAGACUUGUGUCCUCGCUCUACUGUAGUAUAAGCAUGGUUUCUUUCUUUGAAGAAUUUUAUCUUUUUCUGGAGCU